AUGGGUCGUCUUCACAGCAACGGAAAGGGUAUCAGUGCUUCGGCCGUCCCAUACUCGCGAACCGCCCCGGCGUGGUUAAAGACCACCCCCGACCAGGUCGUUGACCAGAUCUGCCGUCUGGCCAAGCGUGGUGCCACUCCCUCCCAGAUUGGUGUCGUCCUCCGUGAUUCCCACGGUAUUGCCCAGGUCCGCAUUGUCACUGGUAACAAGAUUCUGCGAAUCCUCAAGUCUAACGGUCUCGCCCCUGAGCUCCCUGAAGAUUUGUACAUGUUGAUCAAGAAGGCUGUUGCCGUCCGCAAGCACCUCGAGCGCAACCGCAAGGACAAGGACUCCAAGUUCCGCCUCAUUCUGAUCGAGUCGCGUAUCCACCGUCUCGCCCGCUACUACAAGACCGUCGGUGUCCUCCCUCCCACAUGGAAGUACGAGUCGGCCACUGCCAGCACCAUUGUCGCAUAA